CGUAUAAUUAUUCUGCUCUUGUACUUCAAUUUCUAUAAACUCGAUCUGUCUCUCAUUUGCCUAGGUAGAUAAGUUUACUAAAGGCAUGCAAAACCUCAAAUUUCUCUGAAGACGACUGGAAGUUGAAGCAUGGAACUCAUAGACAAUCUUUGUGAGUUGGAGAAUCUGAGCGCCAAUCAUCAUGAAAUCAUGGCUCUCUCCAAUGGCAUGAGUUUUAGCGAUCAUCAGCGACAAACUAACCAGCUCCCUCUGAACUUCAUUCAAGACAAUAUUCAAAGCUUUUCCCAUUCUGAUGAUCCAAAUCACGAUGUCUUAGUUGCUCACUCCACAUCUCUGACUGGAGAUUUUGCCCAAGAAAGCGAAAAGGGAAAGCAGCCCUUAGGAGGAAGAAAGAGAAAGAGAAACAAUAUUGACAAAGAUGGGGAGAAACUAAAAGAAGUCAUCCAUGUGAGAGCUAAGAGAGGCCAAGCUACUGAUAGCCACAGUUUGGCAGAAAGGGUAAGAAGAGAGAAGAUAAAUGAGAGGCUGAGAUGCCUGCAAAAUCUUGUCCCGGGAUGCUACAAGGUAGGUGAAGUGACUAUGGGAAUGGCAGUAAUGCUGGAUGUGGUUAUCAGUUACGUUCAGUCACUGCAAAAUCAAAUUGAGUUUCUCUCUAUGAAGCUUUCUGCAGCAAGCGUGUAUUACGAUUUCAAUUCACCAGGUGUGGAUGCUCUGGACACAAUGCAGCAACAGGGGACAAAUAAUGCAUAUGGGGAGGUACAAGAAGAGAUGGUAAGAUCAGAAGGGUAUGGAGGAGGGCUUUCUAAUUACAACAACAACUCAACAUGGCCUAUUUGAGUUGAUGAGAGACUUCAAUAUUCACAUCCCAUGCUCCUAUCCUAUAGGCUAUAGCCACAAUCAAACACAAGAUCAAUGCCAUCUCUCAUCUUCUCCUCAUCCCAUUAUAAUAAAAUACUCUCUUCUCUUUUCUUGCGCAUAGUUGCUUGCAUAGGAUUCUUAUACUAUUAUUGUAUUAUAAUUAAUUAAUUAUAGCUGCAGUAAUAUUAACAGAGGAUUGUAUUUCUA